AUGGCAGAAACUCGAGUAAAAGCGGAACGACAAGCCAGCCCGGACAUCCCGCUCUCCAAGGCGCAAGCAGUACAACCCAAUGCAAAGAAGACGCGAGCGCCGCCGCGGCAGGUGGUAUACGCUACCACUGAACAGCUCGACGUUCUCAAAGCUGCCCUCGAAGUAACGCAACACCCAAAGUCCGCACAAAUAGAGGACUUGGCUUCGCAAACUGGACUUACAGCUACGUGGAUCAAGAACUGGUUCAUUCGUCAGCGCAAGAAAGAAAUCAUGCGAAUAAAAGCUGAAGAGCCUCCCGACCCAACUCUCGUCUCUCAAGCAUGCCAGUCGAACGCGGAGACCGUCCCAAGGAAGCCUCUAUCGCCAGGGAAGUUCCGAAAGAUUCUACCAGACAGAAACGAGCAGACAAAGCGUCGGCAAGUCGAAGUCCUGGACUCCCUGCCUCCGUCGUCUCUGCCGCCUUCCAGUCCUGGUCCUAUGCUGUUCUCUGAUACCACGAUACCCGACUCGGAUCCUGUCGCCACCUCCGACUUUGCCUCGGCGGUUACCUAUCCGCCUGGCUAUGCUCACGAUCCUGGUGCACUCGAGUGCGGCGCGACUCUUUUGAACUUUGCUCAGGCUGAGGCUUCAUCUCUGGCUCUCGAGCUGCCGAAUUUCCGCAAUUACCAUGACAACCUUGCUUCCUCGGACUCGGCGCCCCGGAAUCAGAGUAAUACUCAUGCUAGGGAGGCGCAUAUAACGACUUACGGCCGCAACCUGGCCGUCACCGAGGCGCAUACUUCACCUCCUGGGCCGAACAUCUCUGAUGACCCAUGUACCAGCUGCGUUCCCGUUGACUGGACUUCGUCGUCGGCAGAAGCGCAUACACUUACCCAUCGAGUCACGCAACCCUCUCCCAGGACCGGUUCUAGCGCUUGUGGUACUAAUGCCCGAGGUGGACCAAGCUGGCCUGGACGCCGCGCAAUACUGGCUGACGAGAACGGCCCCAGUCUCCCAUCUGUCUUCUCGUCAGCGUCGACUCUAGGUGGAAUGUCGCAGCGAGUUAUGACGACUUCGGCGGCAGCUACUCCACUCGGCGACUCACGUUCGCACAACAUGACCGCUGGCGCCUCGGCCGCCAGGACCGCUCAUCGUCUCACUGAAGUUCCUGUAUCUGCUGCAUCGGAAUCAUUGCUUUCUUCCAGACGUCAGCCUCGCUCUGCAGGGGACAGUCUCGGCCUGCCUCCGAAUUUCUUUCCCCCGUCUUCCAGACGAGAAGAAGAAGUAUCCUCUUUCCUACCCCUCAACCCCGAGCCGAAGCCAAGGAACGUGUACGAUAACGACCCCGCGCUGGUCGCGGAGGCGCUGGAGCUGCUACAUCCGGAUAGGUGGACUGAUGAUCCGUUUGUGGCUACGAUGGUAUUGGUGGAUCUUGCGAGGAGGGGGUUUAGGUGGUGA